CACUCAUCAUCACUUAUCAUAACACACUUUCUACAUUCUAUAUCUGUACAUCAGUUCUAAUCAUGCACUUCAUUUCUAUCACCACGCUUUUCUCGGUCUUGGCUGUUGCCAACGCUCAACUCACAUUCAACAUUACGCGAGCUUCCGCUCCCGGAAAUAUGGUGAAAUAUCACUGUUUAAACAACGAUAAGCUCAAAGGUUGGCUUCCUAGUUGCAUCUACGAAUGCCAAGUCCAAGCCAGCAUGCUCGAUGGCUGCGCCGCCGAAGACUUUGCCUGCCACUGUGUCAAUCACUACAAGUACUCUAAAUUGAUCGAGCCCUGUGCUGUCCCUCCCGGACUGGGUGGCAAGGGUCACUGUACCGUGGAUGAUCUUUACAAGGCUCGUCCCGUUAUCGACGAUAUGUGUAACUUUUAUAAUGCCACAAUUUACAAGAGCUAUGAGGGUUGCCCGCAGAGGCUGAGCACGGCUGUCACUUAUGGGAUUAUUAGGAAUGAGGGCGUUGUGAUAACUCAGUAGAGAGUUGGAUGAUGCGAGAACUUUUGGGGUUUAGGAGUUAGCGUGUAAUAAAAUCCUGUGCGUUG